UGCUCUCCAGAGGUUUCUAAACACUUUUAACAACCACCUGAAAGUGCAACACGACAGAAACAUGAGGCAGCACUGCGCGCUCAAACACGGAAUAUUCAAGGAGUUCUUGGCUGAAUUCCUGGGAACGUUCGUCUUGGUGCUGUUUGGCUGCGGCUCAGUUGCUCAGACGGUCCUGAGUCGAAACACGCUGGGCGAGCCGCUCACCGUCCACAUCGGCUUCUCCGUGGGCCUCAUGAUGGCCGUGUACGUGGCUGGAGGCGUGUCAGGAGGCCAUGUGAACCCCGCCGUAUCUCUGGCCAUGGUGAUUCUGGGGAAACUAAAGAUCUGGAAGUUUCCCUUCUACGUCAUCGCUCAGUUUCUUGGUGCUUUUGCAGGAGCUGCAGCCGUCUUUGGAUUAUAUUAUGAUGCUUUCAUGGACUUCACCAGCGGUAUUCUGUCAGUGACAGGAAUCAAUGCGACAGGUCACAUUUUUGCCUCCUACCCUGCCAGACACCUGUCAGUCCUCGGCGGCUUCAUCGAUCAGGUGGUGGGGACAGGUAUGCUGGUUCUCUGUAUUCUGGCGAUCAUCGAUGGUGGGAACAUUGGUGCUCCUAAAGGCGUGGAGCCGCUGGCCAUCGGUCUGAUCAUCAUGGCCAUCGGCGUCUCCAUGGGACUCAACUGCGGCUACCCUCUGAACCCGGCCAGAGACCUGGGACCCCGGCUGUUCACGGCGGUGGCCGGCUGGGGGAUGGAGGUCUUCAGCACUGGAGGCUACUGGUGGUGGAUCCCAGUGGCGGGGCCCAUGGUGGGAGGCGUGGUGGCGGCGGUCCUCUACUUCCUGCUCAUCGAGCUGCACCAUCCCCACGACGAAGACGAGAAGGCCCACGAGGUGGAGGAAGAGGAGGAGGAAGAGGAGGAGGAGGACGACGACAGCAGUCUUAAGGACAAAUACGAGAUGAUCGCCAUGAGCUAAAACAUUCAGCGCAGCAGUCUUGGGAAGAGUAUGGAGCUAAAUUGGAGCCAUAAAGUUUGCUCAAUUUACUUCUUUUUUUUUUUUACUGAAAAAAAAAUUGAAUUAAUUGAAAAACAAUUUUGAAAUUGAAAAAAAAAAGAUUUUGAAAAGUAGUUUUGAACUUUUCUGUAGUUUCAAAUCUUUUGUCAGUUUCACAAAUGCAUUUCAGUUUCUGUUUAUAAAAAAAAUUGAGGAAACCUUAUAGCUCCAUUUGUUCCAUACACAUGGAGCUAAAUGGAGCGCCAUCGAUAUGGAGAUAAAUUGGGGCCAUAAAGUUUAGCUCAAUUUAUUUAUUUAUUUUUAAACUGAAAAACAAAACUCAAAAUGAAAACUGGUUUUGAUAGCAAAAAAAAGUCUGGACCUGAAAAGAAAAUCUGAAACUGAAAAAAGAAUCUUAAAGUAGUUUUAAACUUUUUUCAGUUUCAUCAUUAUUUUUCAGUUAAAAAAAAAAAACUUGGACCAAACUUUAUGUACUUUAUAAAACUCCAUAUCUAUGGAGCUAAGUUUGCUCAAUCUGAUUUUAUUUGUUUUGUAACUGUAUGUCUCAUUGUUGACAAUUAAGUUAUAUAUUAUUUUUGUAAAUACAAUCGAAUAUUUUUAGCAUAAGUCAUGAAUGCUUAGCUUCCCUUUAGCUUUUUUCCCAUUACCCUCAAUGAUUGUGACAAUCAUUUGUUUAUAUUAAUUUUAAGUUUUUCUUCCAUAUUCAACAAUUUUCUUUUGUACAUGAUGAUUAUUUUUCCUGGUUGUUACUUUUUGCAUUUA